AAACUUCAGGUUUUCCUCGAAGUUUGUUUUGUUUUAAAGCUAAGGAAUUGCAAAGGGUGAUAUUUCUUCAUGUCAUGCUAGUUGUUGUAUUUUUGCUUUCCCCCCCAUCCAUUCCCCAUUCAAACCCCCAAAACAAACCUACCUAGAAGCUGCAGUGAUCUGUCAAUUAGUUCUUUAGUUAAAACCUUGCAUUUUACUCAUUGUUUCUGUCGAAUGUAUUCAAAGAGACGGUUGUAGCUUUUAUCAGUCAUAGUCAUAGCCAUGCACGACGAUUUGUUUCCUGCUGCUGAAAAGAUUUUGACUGACAUAGAGAAUGUCUUCAAGAGAGAUAAGCAAUUACAAGAUUUUGAAAUUGUGCCUGUGACAGUUGGGGAAAAUAAGUCUCCUGUUCUUCAUGCUGAGCAUACUUUAGGUCUUCAAGAAUGGUGUGUACGACAUUUGUACGUGCAUGUGUACCACAAAGUGAUGAAUUUAAAACGUCAACAACGCCUACGUCGUGAAGAUCCAAGUGUGCUCUCACGUCUAUUAUUAGGUGGAGUUCUAUUAAAUCCAGAUUGUACUUCAUUAUGGAAUAUACGACGUGAAUUUGUGGUUUUGGGGCGCUAUGAUCCAUUUACUGAACUUCAUAUCAAUGCUAUCACUCUAUCUAGGCGGCCUAAGUCUGCUGAGGCGUUUGUGUAUCGUCGCUGGAUAUUGAAACGCAUUACAGCUGAUCUCCUUGAGGCUGCAACUUUGUCAAGUAUUGUGGAAGAAGAGCUGCGUGUUUCACUCAUGGCAGCUGACCGGUAUGCCAACAACUAUCAUGCAUGGAACCAUCGAAUGUGGGUUAUGUCCCAUAUACCUCAAGCCCAAGAUAUAUUUUAUGAAGAAUGGACUUCUUCAGAAAUGUGGGUUUCAAAGCAUGUAUCAGAACAUAGUGGCCUGCAAUACAGGGAAUUUUUACUAAAACAGGUCGAUCAGCAUUUGGAUCAUACAGACAUCUGCCUGAAAUUCCACUCUACUCUAGUAAUUUUUUUGUCUCCACUGAAACAUUUAACUUCACAUAGUGAAUCUUCCAAGGGCAGCAUGCUAUCACAGCGUUUGUAUCUAUCAAUAAUAGAUAUAUUAGACAAAAAAGAACCUUGUUCGCAUUGCCCAAUUAAUUGCAGUGGAAAUAUAUUUAUAUUACAAAUUGCUUUUUUAGCUUUUGAACUACUGUUGAUAAAAGAACUGAUACAUUUAUAUCCAGGCCAUGAGGCAUUGUGGUGUCAUAGACGUUUUGUUCUGUUUUGCUUUAAAUCUUUAGCCAAAAACAUUAGUGGUAAUAUCACCAAAGAAACAGAUAUCCUGGAUGGCGUACCUCUCCCCAAGGCACAAAAAUUGUCUGUGCUGGAAACCGAUAAUGACAAUUGUUUUCUGUGGAGGCUUGUGAUGUGGCAUGAAGAAGUUUUGCUAAAAGAUUAUAGUACUAAAUCAGCGGAAGAAUCUUAUCAAACCAAACUUGCUCUUAGACAUAAAAAGUGGAUUGAUAAUGUCUUGCUUUCAAAGAAAAAUAAUAGCUGUGAUGCACAGAGUAUUUCAUGACACAGUAGUAUAAUAAAUAAAUAAAUAAACAUU